CCGUUUAUCCAGCCAGCGUAAACACACAUUACGGGCAUUCGAAACUAUCGUUGACAUGCGUCGAGCACGUGUUGUUUCAGUGUCUGUGGUUUAUAAACACACACCAAGGAAGUUUCACCUGUGUUGUGGCGCAGUUAGAUCGCAGUUCACGUAGAAGCCCGGGCAAGAUGUAACUAUUUCGAGGUCUGCACACAGUCACUGUCAACGGAAUUGAGACGGCCUUUGGAAUAUUCACAGAACAGCGAACUGACGGGAAAACGACAUCGACAUGUCUUUGUAUUUGAGUAAGGCUACAAUUUCAUUGAUUCGUGUUUUGAAUAGGACAGCAAAUGAUAUUCAAUAUUGUGGAUGCUAUAUGCUAAAGAGUCGAGCAUUUCAGAACAGUGCUGUUGUCACGGACAAGUUUUCUUCAUCAAGCGAUAGUUUGCCCAAACUGAAACAAGUGUCACAUUCUCGACCUUUGCACCAAGAUGGGAAGAAGUCGCAGCAUGUUUUACCCCAGAUUGAGGUGCCAGAAUACCCAGAGUUUGGCGAGGCAGAACCCCUGAAUACUCCUGCCUUCAAAGGCCUUGAAACAGAUUUCCCAUGCCUCACUCGUGUACAAAAGGCUGGUCCGGAGCCUGAGUACGACAAGAUCACGACCGGGUUCAGGGUCUACAACCACGAGGCUCCCUUCAAGUUGAAGUACGAUGGAGGCAUCCUGCCGCACCUCCAAGUGGCGUUCGAGACGUGGGGAGAGCUGAACAAGGAGAAAAACAAUGCUGUGCUCAUCUCUGCUGGGCUCUCCGCCAGCUCCCACGCCAAGAGCCACAAGGACAAUGUCCGACCGGGAUGGUGGGAGAAGUUUGUUGGGCCUGGAUGUGCUGUGGACACUGACAAGUUUUUCGUCAUCUGCACCAACAACCUUGGAGGCUGCUAUGGCACAUCGGGCCCAUCAUCAGUUAAUCCUGUGACAGGAAAGCCUUACGGAACAACAUUCCCCAUUGUCAGUGUAGAGGAUAUGGUCAACGCUCAGAUGCUUCUCCUUGAUCACCUCGGCAUCCAGAAGCUACAUGCGUCUGUGGGUUCCUCCCUCGGUGGGAUGUGCUCUGUCCUCAAUACUGUCCUGUAUCCUGAGAGAGUCGGAAGGUUAAUUUCCAUAUCGUCCUGUGCUCAGUCCCACCCGUCGGCCAUCGCACUCCGCUACCUCCAGCGUAAGUGCAUCAUGAGUGACCACCACUGGAACAAGGGCCACUACUAUGAUGCAGAAUUCCCCAUGAUCGGCAUGAAAUUGGCCAGGGAAAUCGCCACCCUCACCUAUCGCAGUGGCCCAGAGUGGAAUGAGAGGUUUGGGCGUAGUCGCAUCAGCGACAUUGACCCCCCCUCGCUGUGUCCGACAUUCCAUAUAGAGAACUACUUGGAGCACCAGGGAGAGAGCUUCAGCACCAAGUUUGACCCCAAUUCUCUCCUGUAUAUCUCAAAGGCAAUGGAUCUGUUUGAUGUGGCUGAAGGUUUCAGCUCACUAGAGGAGGGGCUAUCACAGGUGACCUGUCCAGCGAUGAUCAUCGGCGUUCAGACGGACAUCUUGUUCCCCAUAUGGCAACAACGCAAACUGGCUCAGGUGUUGCAGGAUGCAGGUAACGACUCAGUGACCUUCUAUGAACUCAACUCCAUGUAUGGCCAUGACACAUUCCUCCUGGAUCUGAAUGGCGUGGGCACUGCAGUGAAGGGCUUCCUGGAGACGGACAUGUCCGAGAGGGGAAUACUGGCCAAAGAAGUGGUCAAGAGGAAGGCCUCCAAGAAGACCAGUGUCAAGCAAGGUUCCUGAGCCCUGUGAAUCAAAGAAAUAAUAAUAUUGGUGUCUCUAAAUAAUGCAAUAGAAGGAAAACAUACAGUCAUAUCUGUUAUGGUGUACAAUGUUUCUGUAGCAGGUUGUGGAGUCAUCCCACAGAUGACAUCCUUACCUUAGCUUGCUGACAGGGUUAACCCUUUUGGUCACGUGGACAGGGCGACCAACCUGUGAUCAGAAGGUCCGUUGUUCGAAUCCCAUCACGGGACUGGGAAAUUUUGUGGCCGCUACAUUUCCAUAAACAAUUCAGUAUUAAGUUGAGCCUGAGACGAGACUUCCUGUAUUAUGUCUGCCACAAUGUCUUAACUCACCUGUCCAGAAAAGCCCUGAGAGUAUAUGAUCUUCUGUGGCUUCAAGUUCAACGUCAUCCCCAGUGCCAGCAGGAUAGUCGUCCAGAAAGUUUAAAUUUAAAUUUUGAAACUGAUUUGACCUUUGUGUUUGGACCAUGAUGAUAAUACAUCUCAAAAUACAUUUUUUGUCCUGUAAAUAUCCUCUGAGAAGCCACUUGACCAAUGGCUUAUACUUGUUUCUCCUACAGUAUUUUUCCAGAGAGUAUUUCAGUAUCAGUGCUGACAGCUUCCUUUGUUAUGUGUCUGUCUUUGUUGACAUUUUGAACUGGUCACUACAUAUCCAGGUGAGCUAUUUCACAGAUUUGAGGUUUGGAGCUGGAGGAGGCUGUCCAUAGCUUGAAAACCAUGAGUUUUUACAUCCAAACUUGGUACAUGUUUUUUGUUUUUUGUUUUUUGUUAAACGCAGCACUCAGCAAUAUUCCAGCUAAAU